AUGGAGUUCAAUUUAGAGUAUAUGUCAGAGUUGAACUUUGAUCUUGAACAAUUUAUGCAUGAGCAAAGUCUAAACGUCACAAAUACCUCCAAAUCCAUUGGAAAUAACCAAGUGGAGUAUAAUAAGUUUGUAAAUCAUAUAAAACGACUCUAUAAUGCCAAUAUUGAGAAAACAGAACAAGAUUUUGAAAUCUUAAAGUUAAGAGUUAUUGAAGCUGCUGGCGAUGAACUUUUAAAAUACACCAAGGAGAUUGAACAGAUGUUCAAAGAAAAAGAUCUCAUCGUCGGUAGAAAGAAGAGAAGACCAUCGUCAGCAAUAUCAAAGAAGUGGCAUAGUGAACCUCUUUUUGAUGGUCAGUCUGCUUAUCAAGAUCAAUUCAUUGCUUCAUUAUGCUGCGUAAGUACCUCCAAGCUUUGUGAAAUGAAAUCAAACAGAAAGAGAACCGGUACCACUACUAAAAAGAAAUCGGUUUCAAAACCAAAAGCUGUUAAAACAUCAAAAAAGCAAAGUCUUGAUCCUGAUUAG